AUGAAAAUCGCUGAUUCCUUUGAGAAAUACCAGUCAAAAGCAAAUUUGGCUGCUGAAAAGAAAAGAACUGAAAGUGUUGAAGCUGAAAAGAAAAGGAAAGAAAAGCUUGCUGCCAAGGCCACUCCUAAAGUAAUGGAAAUAACUGACGAAGAAGCAAAAGUAAUUGAAGAUGAAGAAAAAAAGAGAAAAGAAGAUGAAGAAAUAGCUCUAUCAAAACCAAUUACAGAAACCGAAGGCGAAGAUGAGGAACAAGAUAAAGGAAAACUUAUGCCCAAUGCGGGAAAUGGUGCUGACCUUGAGAAUUACAGGUGGACACAAACUCUCCAAGAGUUGGAAGUCUUUAUCGGGACAUUUGAUCUGCUGACACUGCCGGAAGAAGUUAGGAGACUGAUGAGCUCCACCAAAAAUAUAAGAGUUCCUCUUAAGACUACUUUUAAUGUCAAGUCAAGGGACUUGGUGGUAGACCUUGGGAAGACACAUCUGAAAAUAGGGCUGAAAGGGCAUGAUCCAAUUGUGGACGGCGAAUUAGAGCAUGAAAUCAAAAUUGAAGAAUCAACCUGGGUCAUUGAGGAUGGCAAGACUCUAUUUUUAACUGUUGAGAAGGUAAAUAAAAUGGAAUGGUGGUCAAGGCUGUUAGCAACGGAUCCUGAAAUAGCUACCCGAAAAAUUAAUCCUGAACCAUCAAAGUUAUCCGAUUUGGAUGGUGAAACUAGGGGUCUGGUUGAAAAAAUGAUGUAUGACCAAAGACAACGUGAGCUUGGACUUCCAACCUCUGAUGAGCAAAAGAAAAAAGACAUGCUCAAAAAAUUCAUGGAACAGCACCCAGAAAUGGAUUUCUCAAAGUGUAAAUUCUCAUAAUUUGUACCAUUUUAUCUCAAAACUCCAAUCUAGAGCCUACUUGAACACCCAUUCCGUUAUUUAAUGUGCUCAUGAUGUUCGAUUGGUUAUUCAGUUAUUAAUAAAUAAAUGUAUUACAAAAAUGUGUCCAUCAGUUAUUUAAUUAAUUUUUUUGUUCAUGGAAAACGAAAUGCACACAUACAUUGCUAAUUCUUAUUUUACCCUUCUUUAUUUUUUGUAAGUUGAUAUUUAUUUAAUAAAACAAAAUAACUAAAUUCUCUGGCUUAUUUC